UGUUGUGAGAUUUGUUUCCUAUUAUUUAUGCCUUCCGUCGCUUAAAACCUGUGUAAUGUAAUAAACUAGUUAGAAAGAAAAUCUAUUUUUACUCUACGUGUAGAUAGUGACUGUGAUUUUUUUCUUAGAGUUUAGAUGUAGACACAGUAGUAUGUUUCUUAAACGCAUAUUGGUGCCUCUGUUCUGCCUCGGAAUAGAAGUUCCACGAACCCUUGGGGAGGAGGUAGAAAUUCGGCAAGUAGAAGCAGACAAGGGGACUAAUGUUACGAUCCCUUGCGGUGGUCUGCUGGUGCUUCCACCUCCUAACGUCCAAUGGGUUCAUAGAGGCAAUCGGACGCACCACGAAGUGUUGCAAGAUGGCAGCAUAGAACUGACCCGCGUGGCAGUUGACGACGAAGGCCUGUACGAGUGUAGCGUGGAGAACGAGACAGCGUACAUCGACAGGGUCAAUCUCACAGUCAGAACGGAACCUCCUCCAUUGAUAAACGUGACGGUGCACGCGUCCACCAUCCUGGCCAUCAUCCUGUGGAACGUGGCGGGCGACGGCGGCCACCACAUCAUGGACUUCACGGCGCAGUACCGGUCCGCCGCACCCAUCAACGGCUCCCUGGAGCCCUGGAGGCCUAUCAGCCCCAACCACAUCAGCCCCAACUCGAGACAAAUCGACGUGUACCACCUGGAGCCCAACGCGUCGUACUGGUUCCGCGUGUGGGCCAACAACGUGCUGGGGCCGGGCCCACCGGUGGAGGUGCUCGCCACCACGCUCUACAGUGACCAGGAAGCAGAGCUGAUCAAGCACUUUCUGGCGGGCGCGGAGUCGUUCGACACGCGCACGUGGGUGGCGGCCGUGUGCGUGGUGAUGGGCACACUGGCCGUGCUUGCGGCGGGCACGUGCGCCGUGCUGUGCCGCGAGUGGCGCCGCGCAGAUUACGCUGAAGAUCAAGAUGUCAUUGAAUUAGUGCCUAAUAUAAUUUUGAACCCUGGGUUUAUGGAGUCGGAUCCCGGACGGUCCCGGGAAACGUACGCAGCGUCAAUCAUCAAGUCAACGGAGUGUCCGGGGCCGGGAAAGCCUAGGCGUGUUUGAUUCUCGUCUAUACUUAACCUUAGAAUAUUCUAUCUUACCGAUUCAGGAUUUUUAUCAUGAGGCUAGGAAAUUGGGGUAAUCAUCUAAGAAAAUGAGGCGUUCAGGACUCGUAAAAUUGUUUUAAACGUACUGCAGUCCGUUGACUAAGACGAAACUUUUAUUCAAUGGUUUAUUUCAGUUUUUGGACAUAAUUUUAUUUAGUGGAAAAUAUUCGAAUUGAACUGCUUUGAAAGUUUUGAGAUCAUUUAUAGUUUUGGGUAGCUUCAGCAGUGGCCUGCAUAGUGUCUUCUGUCAGGGUGUUAUAUAAAAUAAUUUGGGUAGGCAGUGCUUUUGUGCAUGUAUGAAGUGCAAGCCACCGGUAGC